AACGAGUUGCACAUCAACACGAUAAACAAAGAUAAUUUUUUCAGCCACCGAAACUGUAAAAUACGAAUACCGCGAAAACCUCCUGUGCAGCAGAAAAUUGAGCUGGACAAGUAUGAACGCGCUUCUCUCGGGUUGUUCCCCGAGCGCUAGCUCGACGAGCUGCACGACCUCUGCUUCACGAAUUCUCGCUGGAGUGGGUGCAGCCACCAGAGCACCGGCAGAACUUCUGCAUCACGCAGGAGUACCUUCAAGAAAAGUCCUUCCCUCCUACCUCCUCCCCGCGUUUUCUGCAAAAGAGCAGGCGUACCGGCGCGCACUGAAAGAAAUGGAGCGGAAAAAUAGAAGGAGAAGACGGCCGACGUUUAUGCAGCGGAAGCAGCAGCACAGAGUCAUUUCGCAGUACAACGUCGCGAUGGCGUUGCAGCAGACGUUAUGUUCGAAAACGGAUGAAAACGGGGUGCCACUACAGCACCGUGUGCGUCGUGCACAAGGCGCGGAUACUCUCUCUGAAAUGAACGCGACACCAAAGGAGCCACAGCAACUGGAAAGAUUUAGAGCCACGAGUCAGACCUUCAACUUCCAACAGGCCCCCUACCGGGUUGGGGAGAAAGCGGAUAACUUGAGACAGGGAGGUAAUAGUGCCGCUUCUGGCGAUGUUCUCUCGAGUGAAGACAGCAGUAAAAAUAACAGCACGACCCUGCUAGAUUCGACCCAAGUCACCGCCCUGGACACCUUGCUCCACCGGCUCCGUUUUGAGUUGAAAAAACAGCUAAAAGCGGAAUCUGUCGCGUGCAGUUACCACUGCGAGGGCAUCGGCCGUCACGUCAUCAGCCUGUCGUGGCGGAUGCCGGCGGAGGUAUUUCUUUCGAACGGUAAAAUGAAAUCCGGAACAACAUCAAAAUCUAAACUGACUAACGACCGGUGGUGGCGGGUCAAGGUAGACGAAGUGAUGAAGAGGUUGCUCGUGAUUCCAAACGACAAUAUUGCGCAUGCUAGUACAACGGCAUUGUCCUCAGCAAAUCGAGCAAAGCAUAACAAGCUGUCCGUCCCUCAUGUUCUCCAACGCUUCCGUGUGGCGAAAUACGCGAAAACGGUCGCGGUGUACGGGUACAGGAACGAAGAUAUCAUCAAUUCCAGCUCUCAAUCCGUCGGGAACAAGACGAGGCAUCAAACGGGUGGAAAAAUUAAGAAAACGAGUACAAUUUACCGGCUGCGAAAACGGAAGAAACAAGUCGAAGACGGGGACGUCCUCGCGAUUUGUGUGGCGCGGGAAGCGGUACCGACAGAGGAGGCAGUGCUGGCACAGCAGAGCCGAGGUGGUACGUUGUCCACUUCCGCUGCCAGAAACGAUCACGACAAAUCAGCCUCCGCUGACGAAGAGAAAAACGGCAUCGAGGAUGAUAGCAACAAGAAAUCCAAGCGGACAACGGCGGAGCAAAGCAACUUCCUUGCCAGCCCCGAGGUGGUUUUGACCCAGUUCCUGGUUCGGAGGUUCGGGAAAUUGCGGAAAGCUGCUGCGGCCUCUGGUAGUGUCCCCCUGCGACGUCAAAAUCUGCUUUCGGAUGAUCAUGAUGUUCUUCCUUCUGUCGCCCACAUCGUGCUGGAUGAAGAUCUCGACACCGCUGUGCUGCGGGAUCUGCACGAGAAGGUGCAGAGUGUGUCGAAAUUCGGGAACGUGACGAAGCAUGGAUUCUCUCGAGGACCAAAAGAGCAAUUGCAGGCGGGCCAAAAGAACCAAAAUCCGGGCUUGAUUCUUCGGUAUCUGAACACGCCGCCACCCGUGUGCUUUGUGGAGGAGGAAGAUGUUGACAAGGAGAUACAACAGACGGAGAGUACAACUAGCAGUAGCUCUGGCGGCACGGAGCUUUUUGGCAGUGGUUCAUCAUCUCCAUCUCACUCGGCAAACCGAACGAGGAAAACCACGAAGGUAAAUACCGAAUUCCUGCAUCGUCACGUCUUGCAGAACCUGCACGAGCACUUAUCGGGGGACUACAGGGUAAACGAGUACGCGGACUGUUGGCGGAAUAGCAGCUGGUGCUCUUCGCAAGAUGGUGUCCGUGGUACGAGCGUCGCUAGUAAAAAGCGGGAGCAAAGUCGAGAGAGUAGUAUCGGCUUGCAACCAGACGCAGAUCACCCCCUCGACCCCUUAUCUUCGCCACGCAUCCCAGCCCCCUCUACCCCGUUACGGGUUCGCGCCUUCGACGUGCGGCAGCUUUUGCAGUCGGACUACUUCGAGCGCACGGAAACGACGAAGCCUCUGCAGAUGGAAUUUAUUAAGGAUUUGAUGCUCCAGUCGAGUGAGGACACUAAUAGGAAGAGAAAACGAUUUAAAGAACACCAACUGAAACAACUGCAGCAGGAGUUGGAGAAAGUGCGGGCAGGCGGUAAUAUUAACAAGUCGAGAACACAUAAUCCUACCGUGUCUGCCAAGCAGCGGCGAGAGAUAGACGCUUUCUUUGCCAAGGAGAACAAACAGGGUAAAAAUGCAGCAAGGGGAGAAGCUUUAGAUGCGAAACAACCUGGCGCUGCGAAAUUUUCUCCCGGUGGUCGUGAUGUGGAUGCGGAAGUUGCUAGUGAAAAACGCGCAGACGCAGCUCCUAGCAGGAAAUCAACAGCAGAAGAAGACGCCGCCGCGAAGAAACUCCAGCGUGCCGAAGAGGCGCGGAUCAUAGAAGAAACGAAGGCACUGGAGGCGGAGAUCGCAGCGCUGGAGAGAGCGAUUCAUGAUGAGGGAAGCUGAUAGACAGUGACGACAAGAAAAGUGGAUAUUCCGCGGUCUUUGGCGAGCCCUAGUGGUUGCGCAAAAGAUUGCUAGUAUAGCUAACAGCGAGUGCUAGUGCAGCGCUUUUCUGCC